AUGACUUUCCACUCGCACGUGGCUAUACUCGCGUUCCCUUUCGGGACACACGCGGCCCCACUCUUCGCCCUUGUGCGGAGGCUGGCGGCUUCCGCACGCGGUACCCUCUUCUCUUUUUUCAACAGCCCGGUCUCGAAUGCUGGGCUCUUCAACGGGCCAGGCGAGCAAGAAAAUAUACACGUGCACGACGUGUGGGAUGGGACACCGAAAAACGGGGUUUUCACGGGCAGUCAUUUCGAGGCGGUAGGUUUGUUCCUCAAGGCGUCGCCUGGGAAUUUCGAGAAGGAGAUAGAGAAGGCGGAGAGUGAGAGCGGUUUGAAAAUCGGGUGCUUGAUAACGGACGCGUUUUUGUGGUUCGGCGGCGAUAUGGCGGAGGGAAGAGGUGUCCCAUGGUUGGCCUUCUGGACGGCUGCCUCGUGCUCGUUGUCCGCGCACGUCUACACGGACGAGAUUGUGAAGGUAGUGGGAUCGGCAGGUACGAAUAUGAACGUAAUCGAGUCUUUCGAGCAUCUUAAUUACGACUUAACUAGGGUUUCUUCAUGGUAG